AUGCUGAUUGGGGCUACGGAUCUGUGCCUUUCUAUCGAGCUCCACAUGGUUUCUACCGACAAUACCGUAAUUUCCACUACGGUUCUCCUUUCUACCGCCGUCCUCGUUUCCAUUACGGCCCACGUUUCCAUCAUGCAUAUGGACCUUAUGGCUAUCAUGCCUCAUAAUCCUGUCAGAGGCGCAAUACGAGGGGCUGUUACUGGAACUUUGAUUGGUGCUCAUCUGAGCUUAUAA